GAGGAGCGGCGGCUGCGGCGGUCCCCGCCCGUGGAGGCGCGGCGGGAGCGCGAGCGGCGGCGCGCGCGGGAGCAGCCGCGGUGCGGGGAGGUGGCGGGCGGGACGGCGGCGGAGUGCGCCGCCGUGUGCUGCUGCUUCCCCUGCGCCGUGGUGGAGCUCGUCGUCCUCGCCGCGGUGCGCGUGCCCGCCGCGCUCUGCUGCCGCGCCAUCCGCGCCCGGAGGCGGCGCCGGCGCGCGGCCCGCGCCGCGCAGGCCAAGAAGAAGGAGAUGGACGACCUCGUCUCCGAGGACGCCACCCCCAGGGCGCUCGCCGCCGUGGCCAAGGACAGGAACGGCGACGCCAUGGACUUCUGCUACUGGGCACCCAGGCACGACGACCUCGCCGACGUCGAGAAGGAGGUCUGGGCUAGCUUCCAGGGCGCCGGCUUCUGGCGGAGCCCGUCGCAGCGCGAGGAAAGGAGGUGACCGCCGCCGCCGCCGCCGCCGCCAUCUUUCCCUGCAGUCAAUCCGGCCGGUUUCUUGCACUCGAGAAUCGUCACAUCGAUCGAUCACCUAACCUUACCCCGCCCAAUGCAAACCCCUUAGGAAAAAGAUUAACUCCAGCGACUAAUCGUCUGCAGAUUAUUGCAGCCACAUCGACCACUGUUAUUACCAGAUUUUUUGCUCGUGUUUUCUUUUUCCGAAUUUUUGUUAUGUGGGAGGAGAAAGAAACCGUG